AUGUUAACUUACCGUUUUUUUAUUAAACCUUUACGAGUAUUAAUAGAUCCUAAAUAUUUAUCACGUCCAAAAGGUUCUGAAAUUUUAACUUCUUAUAUACGACAAAGAAAUUAUCCUUCGUGGACAUCAUACUUUAUUCCAUAUAUAUAUAUUCAGGACGAUCAUUUUGCAAGAAAACACUUUAAUUUUUCUGUUGAUGGUCAUAAUUAUCAUGUAUUGAGGGUUGGUGCUUUUCCGUAUAUAAAAUAUCAUUGUACUAAAAGACCUGUUGAAAAUUUAACUGUGGAGGAUAAUAUUUAUCGGAUUAUCACUGUUAUUAAUUUAUGUAUUCCUUGCCUUCUUUAUGGAAUAAGCGCUAUUUUUCUUAUUCGGCAUACUGACUUUGUAAAAGAUAAGAAGAGUGGAGCAAAUAUACCUAUUUAUUUUUUGAUAAAAGAAGAUCAUACUUGA